AUGCACGCAUCAAUGCGGAAACGGCAGAGCUAUGCUAUGCAGUCGUCAACUUUUCUCUCUAGGCAUGGGUCCAGAGACAUGGAAUCAUCUCUGCUGAAGCCCAAGUUCCACCUGGACCUGUGGGUCAGUUUCACCAUCCAGAACUGGCUGCUGGACUUCGGGAGGCCCAUUGUCAUGAUCAUCCUCCCUCUAGAGUGGUUCCCCCUGAACAGACCCAGUGCUGGGGACUACUUCCACAUGGCUUACAACAUCAUCACACCCUUCCUGCUUCUCAAGCUGAUCGAGCGUAGCCCCAAGACCCUGCCCCACUCCGCCGUGUACCUGUGCAUCAUCACCUUUGUGAUGGGCGCCAGCAUCCACCUGGUGGGUGACUCCAUUAACCACCGCCUCCUGUUGAGUGGCUACCAGCUCCACUUGUCUGUCAGAGAGAAUCCCAUCAUCAAGAACCUCCAGCCUGCCUCUCUGAUAGAUUCAUUUGAGCUACUUUACUAUUAUGAUGAAAAGCUUGGCCAUUCUAUGUGGUAUGUUCCCUUCUUCCUCAUCCUCUUCCUCUACUUCACUGGUUGCUUCACACACAUCAAGGAGGAGAAGAGAAUGCCGCUCGCUGCUUGGUUUCUUCUCGCUCCCAGCGCCGUCUACUAUUGGUACCUGAUCACAGAGGGCCAGAUCUUCAUCCUCUUCAUCUUCACCUUCUUCGCCAUGACGGCCACAGUGAUGCACCAGAAACGUAAAGGCUUUGUCCCCGAUAGCAAUGGGCUCUUCCUGCUCUACAGUUUCUCCAUCGCCCUGGGUCUGGUCAGCGUCUGGGUGGCUUGUCUCUGGAGCGACCAGGUCCUCCGCAAGAAAUACCGCGGGGUCAUCUACAUACCGGAGCCUUGGGCCUUCUACACUCUGCACAUCAGAGACAAGGGGGCAUCAGCUUGAGCAAGGCGAAUUGCAGAAUCGGUAAUCUUGAUCACAUAAUGAGUAGCUAAUUUGGAUGCAGGUGCACAACAGAGACAAUCAGCGUGUU